AUGAAACCCUCCGGUCAUAUUGAUAAAGUGAUGCACAGAAAUGGUGGAGAAGAAGUUCUAAAGCAUCGAUUGCGGUUGAAAACAACAAUUAUGGUUGUCAAACAGUUGGCUUUACAAGGAAGUUCUUUUAGAGGGCAUGAUGAAUCUGAUGAUUCUUUGAAUCCAGGGAAUGUUCUAGCUUGGAUUGGUUUUGCAGCGAAGUUGAAUGAUCAAAUCAAUAGUGUAGUUCUUCGUAACGCACCAGGAAAUGCGAAAUACACUUCACCAAGCAUUCAGAAGGAGAUAUUGGGAAUCAUAUCAGAUAGAGUGCGUUGUAAGAUACGCGAGGAGAUUGGAGAUUCUUGUUUCUCUAUUCUUGUUGAUGAAGCAGUUGAUGAAGCAGGAAGGGAACAGAUGUCUAUUAUUUUGAGGUAUGUCAGUUCUUCUGGUAUAGUAACUGAACAGCUUUUUUGCUCUCAAGAGUGUAGCUGA